UGCAAAAUUCCACAACUCGAGGAAAUUGAGAUAUCAAUUUUCACAUACAAAUCCAAAUCAAGUAGAGAAAAAAAAAAAACUUGAAAGAAGCCAAAAGUCAAAAUCAUAUGGCAUCCUUCACUAAGCUCAUCUCAAUCUUCUUCUUUCUCAUCUGUUUUCUCACAACCCAAGCCGUUUCACAAUCUGGUGAAUGUGAAACCACAAACAAUUCUUGCACCAAUAAAGACAAAGCUUUACAUCUUAAAAUCAUCGCCAUUUUCUCGAUCCUAAUUGCGAGUGUUAUCGGUGUUGGCUCGCCUCUCGUCACCCGAUCGAUCCCAAUGUUGCACCCUGAUAGAAACAUGUUCAUCAUCCUCAAAGCCUUUGCAGCUGGCAUAAUUCUCGCCACCGGUUUCAUGCACGUUUUGCCUGAUUCUUUCGACAUGCUUUGGUCGAAUUGUCUCCAAGACAAUCCAUGGCAUAAGUUUCCCUUUUCAGGUUUCGUCGCCAUGAUAUCAGCCAUUGUCACUCUCAUGGUGGAUUCUAUGGCUACUAGUUUAUAUACCAAAAAACAUAACGAAGUUAUGCCUGAGAAUACGCCGAGAGGAGAAGAUGAUCGUGAGUUGCCUGUGGUCAGUGGUGGCCAUUUCCAUGGCCACCAUCAUAGGGACGCAAAAGAAUCUAAUGUUGGUUCUCAACUCUUGCGUUAUCGUGUUGUUGCCAUGGUUUUGGAAUUGGGAAUUGUGGUUCAUUCAGUUGUGAUUGGACUUUCACUAGGAGCAACAAAUGACACUUGCACAAUCAAAGGUCUAGUGGCUGCUCUUUGUUUCCAUCAAAUGUUUGAAGGGAUGGGUCUUGGUGGCUGCAUUCUCCAGGCAGAAUACAAGUGGAUGAAGAAAGCAAUAAUGGUAUUCUUUUUCUCAGUGACAACCCCAUUUGGGAUAGCCCUUGGAAUAGGAUUAUCAAAGACAUACAAAGAAAACAGCCCUAGUGCACUCAUAACUGUGGGUUUGCUAAAUGCUUCUUCAGCUGGCCUUCUCAUUUACAUGGCUUUAGUGGAUCUUCUUUCUGCUGAUUUUAUGGGCCCAAAACUACAAGGCAGCAUCAAACUCCAAGUCAAAUCCUAUAUUGCUGUCCUCCUGGGAGCUGGUGGCAUGUCUUUAAUGGCAAAGUGGGCUUGAUUUCUAUUAAAAUUCAACCCCAUCUUUUUCUUUCAAUAAAUUAGUUUGUAAUUCACUCUCAAAUUUUCAACCCUUUUCUCCCUCUCUCUCUUUCUCUCAUCUAAUUUUCUCAUCAUAUCAUUCCUUUUUCUUUCUUCUUCUUCUUUUCUUCUUGUGUUUGUAGGUUGUAAUUACUGUGAUGAUCUCCUUAAAUGUCAAUGAUAUGGUGUAUUUUUA